CCUGGCGGCGACUACCACCGAGGGGAGGGGCCCUGCCUGCCGGACUGUCUGCCAAGCACGCCAGGGCAUCGAUCGACCCUGGAGCUGUGCUCCUAGGUACUGUGCUUAGCGUCCACCCUCAACUCCUCAGCUCUUUUGUGUGUAAGCGGGGCAUCAGAGCUCGCGAUAACUUCACAACUGUGCGCCCUGAGCUCCCCCAUAGCUCGUGUGAGGUCGAAGGGCCAUCGGGACAGCCCACGUCUGCACAGAUUGCCGUUUGGUGUUACUGCUGGAGCCAUCGCCUUCUUCUUGUCCAUCUGGGUGCUCCUCGCCAACAAACAAGCCCCUUACUUCCAACAGGCAAGAACACAUCAGUGCAUCAUCAUGGACCCCUCAGAGACAGCGGCCGGGCCGCCGCUCGACACGGCCCGCCACAUCCGCUACUUCCAGCGCUGCUACAAGUCUCUGCUGCCCCACCACUACACCUCGAUGGACAGCAUUCGCCUCACCCUCGGCUUUUUCAUCGUCGCCGCCCUGGACCUUCUCUCCUCGGCCUCGUCCUACUCGGAGCCUCCGCCAGACCCCCGGGCCUCGUCGCUCAUCCCGGCUGCCGACCGCAAGCGACUCCGCGAGUUUGUACUGAGUCUGCAGCACCCCCUCGGCGGCUUCUGCGGAUCUCCAAACCACGUCCUGCCCAGGGAGUGGUCUGUCGAGUGGGACCCCGCUGCCCAGCGUGAGGUCGCGGGCGACCCUGCGAAUCCCAACAUUGCCGCCACCUCCUUUGCCCUCCUGCUCCUUGGCCUGCUCGCUGAAGGCGACGGGUCUGAUGCAUACGAUGGGGUGCACAGGGAGCAGACACUGGCCUGGCUCAAGCGGCUACAACGACCCGACGGGAGUUUCGGGGACGUGGUCAACGAGCAUGGCUUCGUGUCCGGCGGCAGGGACAUGCGGUUCUGUCUGCUGGCCGCCACGGUGCGGUAUAUCCUAGGCGGAGACAAGGCCUCCCAGGCGGACGACAUUGAUGUUGCCGCACUGGUUGCGCACAUCCGGAGGGGCCAGACUUUCGACGGCGGCAUAUCAGAAAGUGCUACCCAUGAAAGCCAUGCUGGCUAUGCCUACUGUGCUGUCGCAGCGCUCUCGAUUCUCGAUCUGGACAAUGAGGCAGGCAGUCACCUGGCCGGCGGCAUCACCUCCAUUCCGUCGCUGAUCCACUUCCUUGUGAAUCGGCAGUUCACAUAUUUUGCCUCUGAAGGCGCCGGCGGCAGCGACGAAGAAGGUGAUGACGACGAGGACGAGGACACGGCUGAUGCCUCGGACAUCCUUGCAGACCUCGACACGCUCUCGCUGAUCGACCCGGCCGCCACGCCCGCAGGUUUCAACGGCCGCAUCAACAAGAAGCCAGACACCUGCUACACCUGGUGGGCGUCCGGCACGCUCUCGAUCCUCGGCGAGGGCGCCCUAGUCGACCGCACGCCCUCGCGCAGCUUCCUCCUCGAAAAGACGCAGCACGUCAUUGGUGGGUUCGGCAAGCACCCAGGCAACCCGCCAGACGUGUAUCAUGCGUACCUGGGCCUGGCUGCGCUGUCCACGCUCGCGGGCAGCCACAACGUCAGUGAAGACGGCCUGGGCAAACUGGAUCCACAGUUCUGUCUCGGCGUAGAGGCUGUCGAGCGCAUCAAAAACGGCAGAGGAGGUCUCCUGGCACGCGCGCGAGACGACGGCAAGGUUGUUGCGAGCAGCGAACGAGCCGGCGGAUCGAUUCGAGGUCACGCGUACCGCGAAGGAUCAGACAUGGCCGCCAGCGCGGACGAAGUGCGCGAGCGUCUGGCCAAGGCGAUGGGGACAAAGAUAGAGGCUUAAGCCAAUUUAACAGUGACAGCAGUCGGGAAUUCCGAUGCUCUUCCA